AUGUUCAACAUUGGCGUUUUGUAUGGGCCAGAUGAAGCAUUGGAAGGGCAUGGUGAGGAGAAAGGUAUUGUUGGUGUGCUUGAUGAUUUGAAAGAUCAAGUGUCACCUGACAACAGCAUACCCUUAUCUCCACAAUGGCUCUAUUCCAAGCCCAUUGACGCAAGGGUAUCAUCUACCAACACCGUGGUGGGGAAUGCUACUGAUCCCAUACUGAAAGAUAGUUGGCGUUUGGAUGGGUCUCAAGACAAGAAAGAUUGGAGGAGGACUGUCCCAGAUGUUGACAUUAGUCGCCGUUGGCGUGAAGAGGAGAGGGAAACAAGCUUACUUGGGAGAAGAGAUCGCAGAAAAGAAGAUCGUCGCUCAGAAAUCGCCUCAACACCUGAUAAUAGAGGCUUGUCUUCUGACCGUUGGCAUGAUAGCCGUAGUUCUGGCCAUGAGUCUCGUAGAGAGAACAAGUGGUCAUCGAGAUGGGGACCUGAAGAUAAGGAGAAGGAUUCACGGAGUGACAAAAGGAAUGAUGUUGAGAAGGAAGAUGCUUAUGUUGAAAAGCAAUCCUCUGGUGUUACUAACCGGGCAGGUUCUGAACGUGACACUGAAUCUCGUGAUAAAUGGAGACCACGCCAUCGAAUGGAAACUCAAGUGGGUGCCGUGGCCACAUACCGCGCUGCUCCUGGAUUUGGACUUGAAAAAGGACGUGUAGAGGCUUCCAAUGUGCGAUUUGCUCCUGGACGAGGAAGGGCCAAUAUCAAUGGGAACCUACAAAUUGGAAAACCUAUCUUGGGCUCUACUUUUGGGUCUGCACUCAUGGAUAAGAACAUAGUCAUAUUGGGAAAGCCUAGCCUUAACUCAGACUUAUAUUCCUACCCUAGGGGUAAGCUACUAGACAUAUAUCGUAAACAAAAGAUUGAUCUUACUGUUGACAUCAUGCCUGCUGGUGUGGAGCAUAUACCAACAGUAACUCAGCUUGGCUCUGUAGAACCAUUGGCUUUUGUUGCUCCAGCUUCUGAGGAAGAGGCUGUCCUUAGAGAUAUAUUGAGGGGGAAAAUUACUAGCAGUGAAGUCUCAAGCUACUCCUUUAGAGGCAAGGACGGAGGCUCAACUGAUGAUACAUCAGGCAUUGAUGAGAAUGUAAGGGAAGGAAAAAUCACUACCUCAAUUGGCAUGGGAGGAGGCGUUAUAUCAGGAUCUGAUGUCUUGAAUGGUGGUGGUGAUUUUAUUGGUGGACCUUCAAAUGCUGGUGCUUCAUUAAGAAAUAUAGUUGAUGACACUGCGACUUUUAAAGAAGGAAAUCAGAAGCAUAUGCAGACAAUUGAUGUACAUAGGAGAGAUGAGAACUCUGCCAGCAGCACUGGAGAGGCUAGUACCCCUGGUGACAAUGUUUCUAAACCGGGAAUUUGUGAAAGCCAGCAGGAACUGGCUCCAGUCCUUCAGAACCAUGCCAAUCAGGAUCUUAUUGAGUCACCUGCUGCCAUAGAUAUGAAUAGCAACUUGCCUAAUGAUUCUCGCUCUCUUUUUGAAUUUUCACGUCUGCAGCGAAUGCCAAGAAUUAAUGAACAAGACACGAUAACUAAUGAGAGGAAACAUUCAUCUGAGAUUGGUACCCCUUUGGAGGAGUUAAGUUUGUGCUAUCUUGAUCCUCAAGGGGUAAUUCAAGGACCCUUUCUUGGGAUUGACAUCAUUUUAUGGUUUGAACAAGGGUUUUUUGGGACAGAUUUACCAGUUCGAUUGUCAAAUGCUCCUGAAGGAUCACCCUUUCAAGAACUUGGUGAUGUUAUGCCUCAUCUUAAACUGAAAUCUGGAUCCAUUUCUGGGGGUAACCUGAUUUCUCAACCCCAACCUUCUGAGACCAGUGGAAGGAACCAAACAGUAAAUGCGCAUUCUCCUGACUAUGAUGGGUCUACCAUAGUAGAUGAUCAAUCUUGGGUUUCAUCUCAAUCUGAUGCUACCUUGAGUGUUGGUAUUCAUUCCCAAAUGCCUAGUCAAAAUUUUCACUCUGAAACCAGGUUCUCAAAUGAUCAGUCCUUCACAAAUUUUAUCAAGCAAGAUGACAACAUCUUAUCCAGAAUGGCCGGAAGCAGCAAUGAUAGCUCUUUGACAAGGCCUGCUGAUGUCCACACUUCACAUACCCAUCCUCCUGGAAAAAUGGUUGCGAGUGAAGUUUCUGGGAGUGAUACACAUAAUGAGGUUGAUAAGCUGCAUCCCUUUGGUCUAUUGAUGUCUGAGCUCAUAGAUGGUUCUUGUUUAAGGCGUGCAAAAUCUUCCAAUGUAUCUUCAAGAUUAGGUGAUGAGGGCCAUCAUGUGGAUCCAUUGCUUGAUAGAGAUGCUAUUUUUGUUGAUCAAGGCUCUCUUGGUGGUGUGGCUAAUCAUCCUUCAUACAGGGACACAUGGUCUGAUGAAUAUGCAGUAAAUAGGCAAUUUAAUCCCAAUGCUCGUAUAGGUUCUCUAGAUGAUCACUACUUGUCCCAUAUGGGACCAAAAUUUAAUAAUUUUGAUAGUGCAGAGCAUCUCAUGUUGCAGAAGCUGCAGAAGGAACGACUUCAACAGCAGAAUAGUCUACCUUCUCAUUUUGCUUCCCAUCAUACUGUGCCGGACUUAGAGAGAGUUCCAAGCCUUUCACUUUCUCAGAGCAGGAACUCUAAUUUUCAGCAGAUGAUCCAGACUUCAGGAUCAGAUUAUGAACAUCUUAUGGGACUUCAGAUUGAACAGCAACGCCAGCUUGAGCUUCAACAGCAGCAUGAGAUGCACCAACAACAGCUUCUCCAACAAAUGAAAUUACAGCAGCAAUCACAAGCUCAGCAAUUGCUUCUUGAACAAUUUAUGCAUCAGCAGAUACCUGAUCCUAAUUUCAGGCAGCCAAAACUUGAUCUUAUAAGGGAUGAUCUUUUUGAUCAGGUUCAGUUGAGGAGGCAGGUAUUGCAUGACUUGCAGCAGAAUCCUUGUUCCUUGAGGCAUCUUGAUCCAUCAAUGGAGCAGAUUAUCCGAGCAAAUAUUGGUCUCAAUGCUGUCCAAGAAAGGCAAUCUGACCUGUCGGAUCUCUUGUUGCAAGCAAGGCAUGGGAACAUCCUUCCCUCUGAACAGCAACUUCAUUUUCAGCAAGAACAGUUGCAAGCACAACAGCUAUCUAUGGCUCUGAGACAACAGUUAGGAUUGGAGGGGGAACAACAAUUUGGAAGGUCGUGGCCAAUCAAUGACACUGGACAUCUACUAAGAAAUUCUUCAACCCAUCGACUUACUUCCUCAGCAGGCUUUAAUUCCUCUGAUAUUCACAAAACGCAGCAUGGACUCUUGGCACAAGAUGAACAGUUAAACUAUCUGAGCAGGAAUCUUGCUGAGCAGAACCAUAGAGGGUUCUAUGAGCCUAAUUCUUUGAUGUUUGAGAGGUCUCCAACGGUUUCUCCUGGUGUUCCUGCAAUGAAUUUUGAUGGUGUAAAUGCUUCUGUCCAAGGAAUGGACCUACAAGAACGACCUCGCUAUAUGCAUCCCACUGAUCAAUUUAGUUCUUUAUCCUCUCAACAUCUACAAGCAUCUGAUGAACUCUUUGCUCGUCACCCGGAUGCAUACAAGCGUUCCCUUUCUGGUAACAACAGUCAUCUGGAAAAUAGUUGGACUGACCCACGGCUUCAACUACAACAUCUUGAAGCUGGGAGACACAGAAUAGAGCUAGGGGGUACCAUUUCAUCAGCUGAUCUAAACAUGCCUGCAUCUGCCGGAGCACGUGAUGAGAGUUCUGCACGAGGUUUAAUGGACCUACUUCAUCAUAAAUGGGGUCUUCAAUCCACACAAUCAUCAAAUUUUGAUAAUUGGCAUCCUCUGUCAUCAAGAAGUCAGGACAACUCUUGGCAUGCUCGGGAUUCUGACUCACUAAAUUAUCCUUUUGAGAUUUCACAAGAUCAACAAAUCCAUUUGAAUGAUCCAUUUGAAGAAAGGCCUGGAAGUGCCAAUUCCACAACCCAAAUACAAGAUCACCUUAUCAUGCAGAUGGCUGAUAAUUUAAGGAACAAUGAAAAAUUGCCUAUUCAGUCUAGAUCUGGAUUGAUAGUGGAAGAGCAGUCAUUCUUAUCUGCUAAUAAAGAUACUUUACAUACCAGUUACAGAAAUCCACUCUUGAUUGGUAAAUCAACUGUGGAAAAAGACUUACUUGAGUUGGAGGCAGAUAAGGGUCAGAGGCAUGAGUUUGUAGGAACAAUGAAAGCAUCGCUUUCAGGUAUCUCAGACUUGUCAGAACAAUUACAAAGCACCAUGAAUUCCAUGGAAUUGCCAGCUACUGCGCAUAGCAGACAUAGUUCACUAUGCAGCGCAGGCAGCGAUGGGGGCCCAUACAAUCGUGAGAUGGGUUUGAGUAAUUCACGGGUAGACGAGAUUCCUAAUGACAGGGUGUCUCCUUCAACGAAAGUACUUGAUAGUCAUUUCCAAAAGCGCCCUCCUGUAUCUCGUGUUUUAUCUUCCCCAGACGUUCAGUCAGACCAAUCAUCUUUACCUCAUGCUAGUGAUGGGAGAAGAGAGCCUUCUGGAAACUCGUCAAUUAGUACCGUGGUUGAUGCUCAGGCUUCUGGUAGAAAAGAGGUCCUAUUUAGGAGAACUUCCUCUGGUAGCGAUGGUGCAGUCUCAGAGACAUCCUUUAUAGACAUGCUUAAAAGGCCAAUUCUUCAUGAGAUGGACGCAGCCAGUGGAGCUGCCGCAGAAUCGUCUGAUGGUGGAUCACAAGCUGUUCGGAGCGGCAAAAAGAAGGGGAAAAGGGGAAAACAGAUAGAUCCUUCCCUUCUUGGUUUCAAGGUCUCUAGCAACCGGAUCAUGAUGGGUGAGAUUCAACGCCCAGAAGAUUGAUAGUUGCUUGUAGAUUAGCUGUAAAAAAAUUUUUAAAUGCUUUUCUUUUUUCUUUUUUAUAAGCCUCCUUAUAUUUGAUAAAGCGGCGAGGUAAGAUGUACAGUCCGCUAGAGCAUAGCUGUCAUUUUUUUGGGGGCACAUUUGGUUUUUACUAUUACAAAUAGGAUUCGUUAUUGAAAACCCAUUCGGCGUUGACUAGCGUGUUCACUGUACAGUAUUUCAUAAGUGUAUAUACGUGGGGGCAAUGGCCUUUUAUUGUUU